CAACCAAUCAGCUGCUCGCUCCUCUGGCGCGUCACCGAUCAAACAUGGCGGCGCACUUGAGCAGAGCUGUGAAGCGACUUCUCCCGAGGGAGCGUGGUUGGCUCCUGCCUGCAGGCUGGCAGUUCUAUCCUGAAUCAUGGCGUCAUCAGCAUCACUCUGCAGGCUCCUCGCUGCGCUACAUACCCCGCAGGGCCGUUCUCUACUGCCCUGGCAAUGAUGAGCGAAAAUUGAGGAAGCUGGCCUCGUUGGAUGUCGACUGUGUCGUCCUGGACUGUGAGGAUGGUGUAGCCCUCAGCAAAAAGACAGAGGCCAGAGAGACCAUCCCCAGGAUGUUGGUGGAACUGGAUCUGGGGCGGACGGAGAAAUGUGUGAGGGUGAACUCGGUGUCCAGUGGCUUAGCUGAAGAUGACCUGCGUGUCAUUCUGCAGGGUGAGGUUCUCCCUCCUGCCAUCAUGUUACCAAAAGUGGAGGACACACAGGAGGUGCAGUGGUUUGUUGACAGGUUUCAGCACAACUUGAAAGGACACGCACUGACAGAACCCAUUCGCCUGGUCACCUUUGUGGAAACCGCUGUGGGCCUGCUCAAUUUUAAGGCGGUGUGUGAGGAAAUCCGACGACUUGCUCCCAGGGCUGGUCUCCACCAUGACGGCGUGGUGUUUGGCUCUGAUGACUUCUGUGCCAGCAUAGGUGCCACACGGACUAAGGAUGCCAGGGAGCUCCUUUACGCCCGACAGAAGGUGGUGGUGACCACCAAAGCGUUUGGGCUACAGGCCAUCGAUCUGGUCUACAUCGACUACAAAGAUGUGGAGGGGCUGAGGCAGCAGGCCAGAGAGGGCGCUCUCAUGGGCUUCACAGGUAAGCAGGUGAUCCACCCAGGGCAGAUCCAGGCUGUACAGGAAGAGUUCUCCCCCAGUAAGGAGAGGGUCCAAUGGGCCAAAGAGCUCAUUGCUGCUUUUGACCAACAUCAAAAGGAGGGCAAGGGUGCGUUCACCUUCCGCGGCAGCAUGAUUGACAUGCCCUCACUGAAGCAGGCGCAGAACAUCAUAACCCUCUCCAGCGCGGUGCCGGAGCAAUAACACCAAAUUGGGAUGGGACCAAAAACGGGAGGAACCACACACCACUAAACCGUGGGCCGCAGAGGUCAAGGCGGACUGAAAAACAUGUUACGACAAAAAGUAGCGCUUCACAAACAACUUGACUUUGUCGCCUGACAUAAAAGGACAGUGGGGAUGUUUGGUGUUGAUUUUUAAUAAUUGUCCACGUAUGUCCCAUUCAAUUCAUUGGUGUGCUUUGGCAGUUGCAGUGAAGUUUCACUUUUACUGCAGAGGUCCAUUUACUUUAUGACUAUAAACUGAAAUGUAUUCCUGAAUAUAAGUAGUAGUAGUAGAUUUUAUUUGGACAUGGACAUGACAAUGUCAUUGGACGAACCAGAUGCAUUGUUUACAGUGUAUUAGCAUAAAUGCUAGUUUACAACACCUGUCCACAGGAGGCUUUUUGAAAACAACAAAAGAAACUGAACAAGACAGAAACAAGAUCAAAUACUGAUAAAAAACUGAUAGUGAUAAUUAAAAAGAGUAAAAAUGCAGUAUACAAUAGAGUACAGAGCAGCAAUAUAAUGAGUUGAAUAUAUAUAUAUAGGCUACGUAGAGAACAAAGGCAGCAUGAUCAAACAAUAACCAGUUGUAAAUUAUUUGUGUGAGCACUGUUGAUUUGAUUUGAGCCGUUGUUUUAGUUCUCUGUUAAAAGUGUUGCUGUUAGUCUCUAGUUUUAGACUAGUGGGCAAGAGGUUCCAUAGUUUUGCCCCCUUUGCAGAGAAGACAGACUGACCAAAAGAUGUCCUGUGCAUGGGAACAAGACAAUCACCAUUGAUGGAGGCUCGUGUAUUUGCCCGACGAGAGCUCUGACGUCUGAUGGCCAAUUCAGACAACAGUGGUGACACAUGGUUAUUUACACACUUGAAAAACAAUUGAAGAUGACUAAAAUUAAUAAAGUUAUCAAAGGUGAAAAGGUUGUGUUUUUUUAGAAUGCCGCAGUGAUGCCAUCUCAUGGGUUUCCGGUCCAUGACUUUUAUUGUCUGUUUGUAUAUUGAGAAGAUAGGUUUUAAUGCAGUAGAAGAAGCUUGUGACCAUGAUGUGAUACAGUAUGACAAAUGAGAAAAUAUCAUAGCGUGCAUAAAUAAUUUGGCCGUUUGACAUGACAAGUCCCUUCUUAUGAAACGGAAACAGUUUAGAUUUAGUUUUGCCUUUUUUGCAACAUACUUAAUAUAAACUCUGCAUGUAGGGAGCACCAACCAGAAAACCUUUGGAAACCAAGCGUUGAAGAUUAUUGCCCAUGUGCGGGGCACUUUCUUGGCAGUGUGUGCACCAUCAAGACGAUCGCCUGUGUAUUUGUGUGUGUGUGUGUGUGUGAGUCAUGAUGAAUGCUCUUGCAUCUCCAUGGUCCGGGCAGCUGGGCGAAAGGGUAAACAAACACAACAAGCCACUGUUGUUGAUCUAUUCAUCGGGCCCCAGUCUUCCAGUCAGGCCUCAGCCCCCCCGCCCAGGGCCUAACUCACAAACAUCAAAGUCCUGCUCGCUGGAAAAAAAAACACCCUAAAAAAGAGCCACAGAUGCAAGUGUGUUAACUCACGAUUUAGCUUUUUUCUGUCAGUCUCCUUAGUAAAGACAUGCAGCUCGCUCUGUGGAAGCAGCGAGCCUGUGGUCUUGAUGGAGAAGGCGUGCGGUGUCAGACACACCAUGACCUGCACGGAAAAUAAACACUGCAUACAUACACACGCUGCGGCGGUGUUCUUCACCCGGCCUCUCAUUUAACACACACCAACAAAAACAAAAAGUUGAACUAGGAUUUGCAGCUAUUGCUUCUCAGCGAAUUCCACUGUUUAUCGGCAUUUGCUUCAUUUUAAUCGGCGUUGAUCAUAAAAAAUAAAUGAACCGGUUUGUUGUUCUGUCAUCGAAUGAAAGUGCGACGUGGCUCCGUGCGGUCGGGCCCAUGUGACCUUCCAGAGACAGAGAGGUGGGUGUGAUGUUGGAGUGAGACAGAUUAGUGGCCAUGUUGCUCCAGCAGACCAGGACCGGGGCUUUGUCUCUCUUGACUGUGGAUGGGAGGAUAAUUGGGGGGGUGUUGAAUGGUUAAUAGUGCCAUUGGUGACCAUGGUAAUGAAAGGCACCAUACCUCCCCUACCCACCUCAUCCACUCAUCUCUCUCUCUCUCUCCCUGUGUCUAUCCCUCACUCUCUCUCCCCUACUGUAUCAUCUAUUGUGUCUGGGGCAGGACUGUGAUCUGUGCCAGGCCAGGCCAGACACACACAAAAAAGAAGAAGACAGAAACCACUCCUGCAACCGUCCAAACCCCAGACCAGUAAGCUGUCUCUUUGGCAUUAGGCCACAUAUGUCUCUCACGGGCAGCUCACUUUUCCUUUUUUUUCUGUCACGAUUUCGCCUUUUGUUUGAUUUUCACCAAAUCGACACACUGAGGUCGGUGGAGAAAAAAACCCUGUCAGACGUGUGUGGCGUUAUUUUGGGUGGAGCCACUUUGUGAGCCACUGCAGCACAGACGUCGGACAUCGUGUUAUAUUCCUGAAUUUGUCGGACUCGAAUGGUAAAACGAUUUGAAAAGGAUUGUUUCUUUCACUUGUCACAUACACAGACUGUGAGUAGCCUGUGCUGGAUGUUUAAAUUGUAACGUGUAAAUCCUCAUAUCUACUGUUUUUGGUUGUUUUCCCAUUAAAUGAAAGUGUGGAUUUUGAUUGAA